AAGUGCGGAGGCUGAUCCGCGGAGUCUGUGCACGGAGUCGGUCUGCGCGGACACCCUGAAACCGCCAGGUUACGUCACAUGUCGGACAACGCAUACAUCCAAAGAGAAUAAAGACGAUUUGUUUUCAGUUGUUUUUUUUUUUUUUUAAUUUACGCGUAUACACAGAUGGAGGUGUGAGUCUGAUCCCGUGUCUGAUCCGGUGUCUGAUCGGUUCUUCUCCCGAGCUCGUGCCUGAGUCCAUCAGAGGCUCACUGAGGGGGUGUGUUGCCCUAAAAAAAAAAAAUAAUAAAAAAAACAGUCUCGUGCAGUUUGCGAAGACCUAGUUGUCUCUUUUUAUAACACAAAAACCCCACGGAUUUAAUCCACGUGAAUUAUAUUUGCAGAUUUUUGGAGCGCCUGAGACUACUGUUUGGUCCGGCCCGUUAGGAGAGAGCGAGAGAGGGUAGGGCACAACAUGGCAGCUGUGAAGUCCCAGGCAGGACUCAGGGCCAUGCAUUCGGCAACAGGGCGAAAAAAGGGAGGCCUGGUCAGACAUUGUGUUCAAGAGAACGCAGACGUACGGAAGGACCGGCAGAACUCCAUCUUGCAGUCCUCUCCGGAUCUUGGGGAAGUGUGGUCUGCCAAUUCAGAGCGAUCAAACACCCUGUUUUUCUUACACUCUUCCAGUGACCUGCCGUACCGGAGUCCUGAAUCAGUAGAAAUGGAUGAGAUGAUGGCUGCGAUGGUCCUCACUAGUCUGGCCAGUAGGCCAGUGAUCCAGAGCCCCACACAGAGAGAUCCCCUAUCACAUGGCCCACUGGAUAUGGAGUGUGGUGGAGGGGAACUGUCGGACAGUGGCAGCAGCGGCUACUGGAGCUGGGAGCAUGGCAGUGUGAGUCCUGCUCCAUCGCCAUCCAUUACAGAGACAGACAGCAGCAUGGGACAGCUGGCAGACGAGGGUCUGCACAUGGAGCUGGAGCUGGGAGCACGUGACGAGCCGGAGACCAGGCGGUGCAAGAUUUCGAGCAGGGGAGCGUAUAAGUGCCUGUGGCCUGGCUGCAGCAAAGUGCUGACGUCACGGGUUGCGAUGAAACGUCACAUUCGCAUUCUCCAUCUGGGUGGACCAGAGCAAUCUCAUAGAGAAGAAGAUUUUUAUUAUAGCGAGGUUUCCUCAGUGGAAGAGGGACCGAUGUCUCCAUCUCCUUCUGUGUCAUUCACCAGUGGGCCCUGGUCCUCAUGCAGCUCCACUCCCAGCCAGCCCACUUCCAGAGAGGCCCCGUCCUCUUCCAGCACUCUCAGCCAGUCUGCCCCCAGCAGUGUGUGGCAGAUUCACACUGAGCAUCUCUACCAGGCUUGUGCCCCCGAUGAGGUGACCAUAUCCCCAGACUCUCCUUCUUCCUGUGACUGGACUUCAGCUGGACUCCAGCUCAGACCUCAGAUCAGCAUGUCACGAAGCCGUUCCAUCAGCGUGGGUGAGCAGUGGCUACAGCUGAACAGCGUUCCCACCAGAUCACAUACCAUGAGUGUAUCACCAUCCAGAGGCUACUGCUCCAUCCGGAAAGGUCGAGGCGAGGCCAAAAAGUGCCGCAAGGUGUACGGUGUGGAGCGCAGGGAUCAGUGGUGCACCGCGUGUUGCUGGAAGAAAGCCUGUCAGCGCUUCCCCGAUUGAAAAAAAAAUACAACGUUUUGAGGCAAGCAAGAAUCUCCGUCUUUCCUUUCUUACAUUGGACUACUCCUGGAACUGUAGAGGAUGGUGGGAAUCCCUCUUUUUACCUUUUGUACCUGUUUUCCAAAAGGAGUUGAAGUGUAUUUUUUAUGAUCUUUUUCUGUGACGCGAGUUCUGGUGAUAGCUGUGUGACGUGGUACAGUCCUGAUCCCUCUGUCUUUCUUGUCAACCUAUAAAGCAAGAAUUUUUUUUCCAUUCCCCUGCAGUUGUGCACUUCAACCGCUCUUGAGAUUUUUCUCUUUUGGUAUAUAGUCAGUUUUGGUAUAUUUGUAUUAUGUUUUUUUUUCUCUUGCUGUUUUUAUAGCCUGAAAUGUGUUCAAAAAUGUUGUUCAUUGUGUUUCUAUCUAUUAGGUUUUUCUUCAACAGUUUUUUGUGGUUGACUUAUGUCCAAGUAACAGCGUUUCCGAAUCAAGUAAUAAUAAUAAUAAUAAUAAUAAUAAUAAUAAUGCAUUUUAUUUAUUUAAGGCGCCUUUCAAAUCACUCAAGAUCACCAUACAUCAAGAACAAGAAGUAGCCAUAAUAACAAUGUCAGAGUAGUAAAUAAGAAUAAAUAACAAUGUCAAUAAAACCAUAAAAGAGGAGUGCGACAAUUACAAACAUGACAACCGUAAGAGUAAUAAAAACAAAAAGUGCUGGAUUUGGUGCAGACAGUAAUCAUGAAGGCUAAGCUAUUCUGAAUAAGUAAGUUUGUUUGAUUUUAAAUUGGGAUAACGAGUCUGAAUUACAGAUGUUAACUGACCCUAUGUCCCAUGGUGGUUAGAUGAGCAGAGGGUGUAUGGAGGAGACCCAAUGAAGAGGAUCGGACAGUUCGAGAAGGGCUGUAGGGCUGUAAGAGAUCUGCAACGUAAGGUAGAGCGAGGUGAUGAAGAGAUUUGUAAGUGAGGAGGAGAAUUUCGAAUUCAAUUUCGGAGUUUGUAGGGCGCCAGUGGCGCUGUUGAAGGGUUGGGGUAAUGUUGUAUAGAAGGUUAUGAUACGAGAAGCAGAAUUCUGAAUCCGCUGGAGUUUACUGAGAAGCUUGUGUGGCAAACCAGAUAAAAGAGAAUUACAGUAGUCAAUGUGAGAGGUGACGAGAGAAUGAACAAGAAUAGCAGUACUACGAGCGUUGAGAAAUGGACGGAGGCGAGCAAUAGUACGAAGAUGAAAAUAGCAAGACCUGGUUAUGCUGUUGAUGUGUGCUCCAAAAGAAAGAGUGCUGUUGAAUAUGACCCCCAAGUUCCUAACCUGGCGGGAAGGAAAAAUGGAAGAACCAUCAGUGGAUAAUGAGAAACUGCAGGACCUAGAAAGAAUAGAAUUAGUGCCUAUAAGUAGUACUUCAGUUUUACUGUCAUUAAGUUUAAGAAAGUCAGAGGAAAACCAGACUUUUAGUUCGUGAAAGCAGUUAGUAAGACAGGCAGGUGGGAGAAUGGAAUCAGGAUUUGGAGAUGCAUAAAACAUCAGCGUAACAGUGACAUUUCACACCAAAUUUAGAGAAGAUAUUACCAAGUGAAAGGAAAUAAAAAAAGUGGCGAGCAGCUAUAACUUAUGAUUGAUUACCAAAGUGCUAUUGCAAGUCCCAAGUUUUUGUUUGUUUACUUUGGUUUUUAAUCUGAUGAAGUCAAAACCUUGGACAGAUUUCAAGAAUUUGUUGUUAUACCCACAUACUAUGGAUCAAGAACAGGAAAUUGUUUAAUUGUUCAAAAUGAUUCAAAUACAACUUACAAUAUACACACACACACACACCUUAUACAAUAUGCACAAUGGAGACGCUGAUAGUUGCAUGACAAACCACAAGAGAAAUAGUAAACUAUUUUAUUGAUAUUUUAUCUGCAUUCUAUGUACAAUUCAGACAGCUGGAAAAGAAAAGAUCACUUUUGAAUACCUGAAAGAUGUGUUCGAAUCCUUUCACAAAGUCACAAUGUAAUGUGUUUUGCAGUAUACAUUUUCCACAAAGCUAAAAAUGACAUAAACAAAGAAUACUGUAAUGGACACAUGA